AGGUUAGAUUUGAGUUGAAUCAAAUGGGACACCACAAGAAAGACAAAAAGAAACGAAAAAAAGAUGAUGUUGACAAAAAGGAAAAAGAAAACGAAGAGGUUUUGAACGAUGAUGAGUCGGAUUUGAAGCAUCCUCAAAUAGUGGAUUACCCCUCGGAUAAAGAAGAAGGGGAAGAAAAGUCAAAAAAGCAUAAGAAAAGUAAGAAACACAAAAAGGAAAAGAAGCAUAAGAACAAGGAAAAGAAAAAUAAGAAAUCAGAAAGUGCUGAUGAUGAGCCAAAUAGUGGAGACGAAACUAACUUAAUAUCUCCGACAAAAAAGCGAUCAGACCUGGAAAAUGUGAAUGAAAAUGGUAGAAAUGAGCAUAAUAUUGCAAAUAAUGAAUUUGAAAAUGGGAAAAAGGAAUAUCUCAUGGAUUUUGAAGAGGCGGACGAGCUUGACGAACAUCCAAUGAUUUGCAAUAUAGCAGCUCGUAAAGCUUCGGCAGUGCCCAGACCGUCUUUGAAAGGAGAUAUUGUCAAUUCGUUAUCAGUUAGUAUUGAAGAUGGAUCUUUAAACCAGUUAAGAAGCGACUCGAAAACAGCAAGUUCAAAUGCGGAUAAACAUGCGCAAGGAAACGAGGCUGAUAAAAGCGUUGACGAAAACAGUGCUAGAAAUCGGCGAAGCUCCCCAACCAACGAUUCGAGUAAAAAAGAGCGUGAUCGAAAACGGUCCAGAUCAAGAGGCAGAUCUAAAAGUUGGGGUCGCACCCAGCCCAAGUCUUCUCGAGAAACGAAUCAGUCUGCGAAAGACAGCCGAGAAAAAGACAGACACGAUAGAGACAAGAAAACGUCGAAACGCGACAGAAGAAACAGAACCAGGAGUCGCUCGAGGUCAAGGUCAAAGGAUAGAGGCCAGGGGGGUUCAUCAAAUGGCAAUGACCGAGAGAACAGAAGUGAUCAGAGAAAGAGUUCACGGUACGAUAGGUGGGAUCGAAAGCAUGAAGAGAAACGUCAGAUGAGCUCAAAGCAAACGGCGGCUGAAAUUAAUAACGGACUGUCGGUUGAAGGUUUGAGUGGGAGCGAGACUGAAUCGGAAGAGAAUGUGGACAUCACGAUGGAUAGUGACAACGAGGAGGAGGAAAUCGAGAGACGAAGGCGUGAGAGGAAGUGUUUGGUGGAGUUUUUAUCCGAGGUAGGCGCCGAUCAAGGACAGCAAAAUUCGUUAGACGGUGCCAUGAAAAGUGUUGGGGACUACAAAGACGAAUCAGAGCCCAACCUAAACAGAGGAAACAAGGCUAAGUCAGAUGAACGAGGAAUGAGUGGAGUUAAAAGUAGGAAGAGGAAGAGAAAGCAUAGUGAUUCUUCGACCAGCUCUUCGCGAUCUUCUAGAAGUAGUUCCUCGUCUUCCGCAGGAGGCGAGAUCACCAUGCCGGAAGACAUUUCGGCAACCGACGAGUUUGACCUUCCGGCCUCUAAACUACCGGAGCCGGAGACAAAUCAGCGAGAGUCGUAUAUUGACAAUGAUCUGAUCGCAUCUCUACCGGGCCCCGCACAAGGUACCAAUGUAGUGGGCGAUGAAGACAUGUUUAGUGACAUAGCUGUGGCAAAACGAACUGAACGACAGAAACAGGCUAAUGGCUCGGGGCAGAAUGGAGAGAACCAACAAUCAGCUGGACAGACUGUAGAUCUCAAUGACACUUUUGAUGAUAGUGAGGGAUACUAUCGACUGCGUAUUGGAGAACUGCUGGACAAAAGGUACAAUGUGUUUGGCUUCGUGGGUCAGGGCGUGUUCUCCAACGUCGUCAGAGCCAGAGACACCCUACGAGGAAACCAGCAGGUGGCAAUUAAAAUCAUCCGAAACAACGACCUCAUGCACCGCACUGGCCUGAAAGAGCUGGAACUGAUGCGCUCACUGAAUGACUUCGACAGACAAGACAAGUUCCACAUAUUGAGACUGUUCAGGAGUUUCUACCACCGAGGUCACUUGUGUCUAGUGUUCGAGGCACUCCACAUGAAUCUGAGAGAAGUGCUUAAGAAGUAUGGCAGGGAUGUGGGAUUACAUAUCAAAGCGGUCAGGUCAUACAGUCAGCAGAUGUUCCUGGCUCUCAAGGUAUUGAAGAAAUGUAACAUCAUUCACGCUGAUAUCAAACCAGACAACAUAUUGGUAAACGAGUCCAAAGUCUGUCUCAAACUAUGCGACUUCGGAUCCGCUUCUUUCUCCCACGACAACGACAUUACACCCUAUCUCGUCAGUCGCUUCUACCGAGCACCCGAGAUCAUGCUCGGACUGAAAUACGACUUCGGAAUCGAUCUGUGGAGCUCGGCAGUUUCGCUUUACGAAUUAUACACAGGGAAGAUCCUGUUUCCAGGCCGAAACAACAACCAUAUGUUGAAAUUAUUCCAAGAUCUAAAAGGGAAAGUUUCGAGUAAAUUGAUCAGAAAAGGCGCUUUCGCAAAUCAGCACUUCGACCAAAGUGGAAACUUCAUAUUCCGGGAGAUUGAUAAAAUAACAGAACGAGAAAAAACCACUGUGCUGACUAACAUUAAUCCAUCGAGAGAUUUGAUGGGGGAUUUGUCAGGCAGAGGAUCGGAAAAAAUGGCCGAUAGCCAGACUAAAAAAGUGGCGCAGUUUAAAGAUAUUCUUGAAAAAUGUUUUCCAAUUGAUCCAACGAAACGGAUAACGUUAAAUCAAGCUUUGAUGCACCCUUUUAUCCAAGAGAAAAUGGAUUAAUUUUUUUCUCAAGCGAUGAAAAAAACUCGAAGUAGAAUUUUGAACAUUUGGGAGUAAUAGUUAAUUUCUUGCAGUUUUUUCCUUGUUUGGUCAGUUAUAAAUUUUGUUGAUCAGAGCCAAUUUAGCUUUUCCGCUGAUAUCUUUUAGUCACGAA